UUACAUUUGAGCAGUAUUUCUCGGAGCCGUGAAAUUUCGCCAAAGUUUUUCACAGGUCCUUGGAAUUCUUUAUAAAUGCACACAUUCACCUCCUUUUGAUUUACCUGUAUGCUCUUUUCCUUAUAGGCCCUUCUUCCACUCCAUUCUUCACCAAUUUACUCCAUGACCUCUGAAAUCAGAUCGCACAUCAACGACACCAUUGGUUCGUUGCCUCGGCCAGACCCAACUUUGCCAAACCAUGUCUUGGACAUGUUCUCGCUUAAGGGCAAGGUUGCCUCUAUUACCGGCUCUGCCACCGGUAUCGGCUACGAAGUUGCUACCGCCUACGCCCAGGCGGGUGCGGAUAUCGCCCUUUGGUACUACUCCAAGUUCACCCCUGAGUCUGACGCUGAGGCCCAGGCUGAGCGUAUUAGAAAGGCUACCGGAGUUACGGUUAGAAUCUACUCGUGCGAAAUCACCAGCUCCGCUGAGGUGGAGGCUACGAUUAACCAGCAAGAAGCCGACUUUGGUACUAUUGACAUCUUCGUCGCUAACGCAGGGAUCCCGUGGGUUGCUGGCCCAAUGAUUGAUGCCAAGGGCGACAACGAUUGGCACAAGGUGAUCUCGGUGGAUUUGGACGGGGUGUACUACUGUGCUAAGAAUGUUGGUAAGAUCUUCCGCAAGAAUGGUAAGGGUUCCUUCAUCAUCACCGGUUCUAUGUCUGGGCACAUCGUCAAUGUUCCCCAGUUGCAGGCCGCUUACAACGCCGCCAAAGCUGCCUGUAUCCACUUGGGGAAAUCCUUGGCUGUGGAAUGGGCCGGUUUUGCCCGGGUCAACUCUGUCUCUCCUGGUUACAUAAAGACUGAAAUUUCUGAUUUCUUGUCUGUUGACAUCAAGUCCAAAUGGUGGCAAUUGACCCCAGUGGGAAGAGAGGGGUUGCCUAAGGAGUUGGUUGGGGCAUAUUUGUAUUUGGCCAGUGACGCCUCUACCUACACCACUGGUUCGGACAUCAGAGUGGACGGUGGCUACUGUUUGCCAUAAAAGUUUAGUUUUUUAGCGCUUGUUUUCUCAUUGGCAGGUUGUGCUAGUAAUAUCUAAUUGUGAUAGAUCUGAUUCAUGUAGUUACACAUCAUGGAGAUACGCGCCAUGGAGAUAGCUAUUUGACUAGACAUAAGAGCACAUAUCUCAAGCCUCUAUGAUGCGUAGUGAUGAAAAGUGCCAUAAACCUCUA